AUGUUUCCCUCUCCUCCAACUUCGAUCCUGUGCACUUGUCGUCAACACAUCGAUCCUUUUGGAGAUCACCUCAUCAGCUGUGGUACAGGUCCAGAACGCACCAGAAGACACAACGCAUUGGCAGAAGUCAUUUUCCAGGCGUUAUUAGUUAAGAAUAAAGACGUGGUAAAGGAAGUGAGAUGCAGUGGUAGUGACGAAAGUCGUCCAGGUGAUGUUUUUCAUCCUGACUUUUUAGAGGGCAAACCAGCUUAUUUCGACAUAACAGUCAGAAACUCAUUGCAGCCAUUGUACGUGACAAAAGCAGCAGUAAGGGCUGGGGCAGCAGCUGAAGCAGGUGAAGAACAGAAGGACACACGUCACGAAGCAAACGUUCUGGCAACAGGUGGUCUUUUUUACCCCUUGGUAUUGGAAACAUUGGGUUUCUGGUCUCCGUUCAGCAUUAAAACGUUAAAAGCUAUUGCAUCUAAAACUUCAGCUGUCAGCGGAAUUCGAUUCCAUCAAGCUUUCCAGAAUUUGACGCAACAACUUUCGGUACAGUUGUGGAAAUACAAUGCAAGGAUGUUGUUCAGAAGAAUUCAACUUGAAGUACAGGACAUUGAUAGUUGGGAUAUACCCACCGUAGCGUAGUGUAGAAUUUGGUAGUUAGUUCUGUUU